UUAAACGAGUAACCUUUCGUCUUUGGAGGAGAAUCAUUUGAAUAAUGAAUAAUGUAAAUCCGGAGGAGUUGGGAAGAAUCGUUGCCAAUGCCGUUGCAAGCUAUUUGCAGCCUAAUGUCGUUAACAGCGAAAGACCACAACGAAACGAAAGCAAUUCUACGGUUGACUCCGCGAGACAAUCUACCUCGAGUGCUACGGGUCAGGCUGAGGACCCUGGUGGAUGGCCUUGUGAACUGGAUUUAGAUUCUAAUCCUGAAUCCAGAUUGGCAAUUGGCAGACCUAAAAAGAAUGUUGAUCCUGACAGACUUAAGGAAAUGGUUGCAUUAGGUUACAAAAUUACCCAAAUAGCUACUCUUCUAGGGGUUUCUCGGCCAACUGUUUACAAAUUAUUGGAAGAGCAAGGUAUCAACUAUAAAGGUCGUUAUUCCAAUAUAUCAGCUAGUGAGCUUGAUGGCCAAAUAGCUCGAGUAAAAGUUGGUCACCCAAAUGUGGGAGAAGUGAUGACUGCGGGACAUCUACGAGCGCAAGGCAUCCAUGUGAGACGAGUUGACUUAAGAGCUGCAUUACACAGAGUUGAUCCUGAUGGCAUUGUAGAAAGACGUCGUUUACGUCUAAGACAUCGAGUAUAUGACUGUCCCUGUCCUAACUAUGUAUGGCACAUGGAUGGGAACCACAAACUUGUGAAGUGGGGGUUUGUCAUACAUGUCGCAAUAGAUGGGUUUAGCCGACUAGUGACAUUUGCAGAAACAUCAACCAAUAAUGAAGCAAGAACUGUAUUGAAUCACUUUCUAUCAGCUGUUGAAACAUUUGGACGGCCUUUACGAGUGCGGACAGAUCAUGGAGGUGAAAAUACAGAUGUGUGGAGAAACAUGGUUGUUGCAAACGGAGAGAAUAGUGUGAUCGUGGGGAGCUCAGUUCGGAACCAACGUGUUGAAAGGUUCAAUUUUGACAUUAAUGCAAAUGUCACCAGACAAUUUGCUGCCAUUUUCCGUGAAUUGGAAUUUGAGGAGAGUUUGAGUACUACAAACGAUACCGACUUGUUUUGCCUACAAUAUGUCUAUACUCCACGGAUCAACAAAGUGCUACAUGAGUUUAUUUCUGCACAUAAUCAUCAUGUUAUAUCAACCGAAGGUUCAUCCACACCACUUCAACUUUUCCAUGCUUACAGGCACCUCACAGAGCUACAUAGCUCAUUAGUUCAUAUAGAUCCCUAUCCAGCACUUAAUGUUCAAGAUCUUUUAAAUAGUUGUUCUCUGCCACAUGUAGAAGUCAGAACACGAAGCUGUCCAUUAUCAGCAGAAAACCUUUGUGAGUUACAAGAAAGAAUUGACCCACUUGCAGUGUCCUUAGUCAAAGGAAAGGACUUGUACAACCAAACAGUUGAAUUUGUUGCAUCUUGUUUAUUAGAAUAA